AAUAACAUCAAGCUGGAUAGAAAACACUGGCGCUAUGUUUGGAAGUACCAACAACACCAGUGGAUUUGGUGGAUUUGGAAGUAACACUGGAUCUGCUUUUGGCGGUGGCAAUACCGCUACUAAUACUGGCACAGGGUUUGGAUCCACCGGUGGCAGUAUGUUUGGAUCAAACACCAACAACAAUGCGACGUCAGCAUUUGGUUCAGGUGCAUCGAGUGGUGGAUUUGGUGCUAAGCCUACGGGUUCUACAAUGUUUGGCUCUACAAAUACAGCAAAUACGUCUCCAUUUGGUGCCGCUGUGAACAACACUAGUAAUACAACCGCUGGGUUUGGAGCAUCUUCAGCCUUUGGGUCGAAUAACAACAACACUGCGUCAACAGGCGGUAUCUUUGGCGCUAAGCCGGCAUCUUCAGGGUUUGGAACGACCGGCACGAUGUUUGGUCAGACUCAAAACAGCUCUCCGUUUGGGUCCUCAGCAGGGUCAGGGUUUGGAGGAUUGGGAAGUGCCGGACAGAAUCAAGGCACCGCCAUUAAACCUUUCCAAGCUUACACAGAGAAAGAUGCCACUGGAGCAACUAAUGUGUUUGAGAAUAUAUCAUCGAUGCCAGAGUACAGAAAUUACUCUUUUGAGGAAUUGAGAGCGCAAGAUUAUGAGCAAGGAAGAAGAUAUGGUAAUCAACAAUCGCAAACUGGAGGAUUUGGCUCCACGACGGGCUCUCCAUUUGGUGCUACCAAUACGAACACCGGAUUUGGAAGCUCCAAUGCGUUUGGUUCGAACAAUAAUAACAAUACCUCUGGUGGACUGUUUGGCAGUGCUAAUGCCAACAACACAUCUGGUGGAUUUGGAUCUGCAUUUGGGGCCAACAACACGAACACAUCUGGUGGACUGUUUGGGAGUACUAAUCAGACUUCAAAUGCAUUUGGAGCAUCCAAUAACACUACUACUGGAGGCUUUGGAUCUUCAUUUGGUGCUGCCAAACCAUCAGGGUUCGGAGCAUCAACAGGAGGAAUGUUUGGUUCCAACACUAACAACCAAACAUCAGCGUUUGGCGGUUCUGGUAUGAAUAAUAGCAACUCUGGUGGGAUGUUUGGUUCAACCAACAACAAUCAAUCACCAUUUGGGACGAACAAUAACACCACCAAUACUUCCGGUGGGCUAUUUGGUUCGACCAAUAACAACGCUGGAGGUGCUUUUGGUGCCUCAAACACAGGUACAUCUGGUGGUUUAUUUGGUUCAGCUAACAACACAAAUAACGCCUUUGGUGCAACCAACACUGCAAGUCCAUUUGGUGCCAGUCAGUCCAAACCAGCUUUUGGGUUUGGAAACACGACGACGACCACCAACAACACUUCCACUGGAUUUGGGCUCAGUAAUAACGCCUCUAACAACACAUCUGGUGGGUUAUUCGGUAACAACAAUGCUAAUAACAACUCUGGGGGGUUAUUUGGAAAUCCAUCCACACCAGCUAAUAACAACACCAUUAACGCAUUUGGAAAUAACAAUGCCAACAAAACAACUGGGUUUGGCACCAACACUGGUGGCCUCUUUGGUGCGAAUAACAAUACCACUGCAACAUCCGGGGGACUGUUUGGUAAUGCUAAUACCAACACCACUGCCUCAACAGGAUUUGGUAACAAACCAGCAACUACUGGAUUUGGUGCUACUAACACUGCAAACAGUGGAGGCGGUCUCUUUGGGAAUAAAACCACCACUGGGUUCGGUGCUCCAUCCACCACUACUGGAGGUGGGCUAUUUGGAAACAACACCAGCAACAAUGCUGGUGGAGCACUAGGUGGUACAGCCCAACAGUCCGGUGGUCUAUUCGGUACCAAUAACACCAACUCCACUUCAAAUUUGAAUACUAGUGGUGGUUUAUUCGGAAACAAACCUGCAGCUCCUGCUGGUGGUCUAUUUGGUAACGCCAAUAAUACGACUCAACAAUCUGGUGGGUUAUUUGGAAACAGUAACACACAGAACAAACCAUCCUUGUUUGGUUCGAGUGGUAGUUCAUCAAUAGCUUCUGGAUCGGGCGGUCUCUUUGGAGGUCAAACACAACAACCUCAACAGGGCAGUUUCUUAUCACAGCCACAACAAGCACAACAACAAUCGUUUGGUCAGCAACAGCAACAAUCCCAACAGCAACAACAAGCUGGUCAAGGUUAUCCACUAGUUGCCACUAUUGACUCUAAUCCAUAUGGAAGUAGUUUCUUAUUCAAUGGCGAACCUGGGAAUACUGGUCAAAGUCAAGCUACUCAAGUACACCCAUUGGCUAUUGCUAAGCCAGUAUCUACCGAGUUGAAGCAACCAACUCUCACCGAUGCAUAUAGACUUGCUCCAAAGCCUUUAUUUGUUGCAUCGUCUCACAAGAACUCACCAUCUGGAAGCCCAAAAACCACCAAUGCCAAUGCCCUGGCAACUUCUACGAAGUCUCCAGUCAACCUAUUGGGCAGUGCUACUGACGAAGCACUGUUAGGCGAUUUCAUCUUGUCCAAUAGUACAAAGACUCAGAAGACAUUGUUCAACACUGCCACUCCUAAGAAGGCAAUCUCAAAUUCCACCAAUGAUGAAGAGCCUGAAAACAAGCCUGUGUUGAGAUUGGAGGAACGUAAGUCUCCAGCUGAGACCCGUGCAAGUGAGGUGAGUGAAACGAAGAACAUAAAACCAACCAGGGAAGAGGACAUCUCUUUUGUAGAUGAGGAUGGCUACUGGAUGUCCCCAUCGUUGGAUGAACUUGAGAACAUGUCUCUCUUGGAGCUGCGCAAAGUCAGUGGCUUUGUAGUUGGACGCAGAGGCUUUGGAAAGAUUGAGUUUUUGAAGGACGUUGACUUAACCACACAAGGCUCAUUGGCAUCGAUUCCUGGAGGGGUGAUAGUAUUCUUAAGACAAUCUUGUGUUGUAUACCCACAGGACCUUAUGAUUGCGCCUGGAAAGGGCGAGGGCUUGAACAUUCCUGCAAAGAUCACACUGGAGGGGUGUUUCCCAUUGGCGAGGGACACAAGGAAACCAAUAAAGGAUGUGUCCCAUGCGCUGUACAAGAAGCAUUUACAGAGACUACAAAACCAACCGGGAACCAAGUUCGAGUCCUACGAUUCAAAGACAGGAACGUGGACUUUUUCGGUCGAGUACACUGUGGCAUGAAGAUAUAUGUAUGUGUCUGAUUUAUGCCUUUUCAAUAUUGAUUGAAUGUAGCGGAAAUGUAAGCGUCGACAGCGUGCCAGAGUUUUCGUGAAAAACUUAACACAUACUUCAAUAUACA